AUGUCGCGCACUUCAGCAGGUUUUGCAGACUUCUUUCCCACCGCUCCGUCAGUUCUACAGCAGAAACGCAAAGUCACCAAGGACAAGACCCACAACAAGGUUCGUUCGAAUGAAGAUACAGACCACGAAAGACUCGCAUGUUCGACAGAGGCUCAGAAUGUCUCUGAUUCGGGUGUGAGCACGGCAAGCUCAGGUUCAGGGAAUGAUCUACCUAGGGAAACGAGACCUGCAUUUUCCGAUACGGCCGCAGAUGGAUCCUCAAGUGCGACAAGCAAGAGUCUUACCACGCCUCACGCUUCCGCAGCACCUCCCGGCGCAACAAGUGGCAGCGAAGGACGCCUGGAUACGCUUACGCCGCUUACAAAUGCAGAGCCCUCACCCACCCAGAAGGCCAGCCCUGGUCGAGCCAGAGAAACGGCAACAGCUGGGGUUCUUUCUAGAAAUCCUAGGACCGGUGAACCAAAGCCAGCCAUCGCCUUGCUACAAACUCCGCCAACACCGGAGUCACAGGGGCGCUCGACCGGAACCUUUAGAGGCUGGAAAAUAGCCUUAGACCCCGAGAACGAAAAGCGGACAUCAAAAGACAAACGCAAAAAGGCGCGCUAUGUGGAGAUCAUGUCCCAUGGACAGGAUGAUAGACCGCCGGAUCCUCGACUGGUCAUAGUAAAUUAUGCGCGUGGUGCCGGCUGCAAGCAGAAAACAAAAUUCCGUCCAGCCCCAUAUACUUUGCGACAAUGGGUGUACGAUGCUUCUACAACAAUCGGGCCUGGGCCCCCGGUCCAGAUAGUGGUCACUGGGUUUGACCCUUUGACCCCAAUCGCGCCAAUUAAUGCUCUUUUCUCCAGCUUCGGAGACAUCGCGGAGAUAAAUAACCGUACUGAUCCAAUCACCGGCAGAUUUCUCGGGAUUUGCUCCGUCAAGUAUAAAGAUAGUGUCUCAUUCCGCGGAGGUGGCCCACUACUCGCAAUGAAUGCCGCAAGACGAGCGUACUGCGAGUGCAAGAAGGAACAGCGUAUCGGAACCCGGAGAAUUCGAGUCGAAUUGGACCGGGACGGGGUUGUCUCGGAGAAGAUAGUGUCAAGAGCGAUUGACUCCCAGAGGAUGGGAUAUAAGAACUGUCUUUCUGUUGCAGAAGAUACAACGGCUGGCCCCUCCGUCAAUCAGAAUGAGCCCCCCCCGACAGCGCCAAAAGGCCCAUCGGGAAGGUCCGUGACAAGGGUGAUGCCCGUGAUCCCUGAAGGACCAAGGGCUAGCUUCUUCAAGUCAGUUGUGCCGUCCUUGGUCGAGGAAAUUCCCAUUUUGAGUCAGAUCAAGCGAGACCCAUAUAUCUUCAUUGCGCAUUGCUAUGUUCCGGUCCUUAGUACAACGGUUCCUCACCUGAAAAAAAGGUUGAAAGUAUUCGAUUGGAAAGAUAUUCGAUGUGAUAAGACAGGGUAUUACAUCAUUUUCGAGAAUUCCAGGCGAGGCGAAGAAGAAACAGAACGUUGCUACAAGAUGUGCCACAUGAAACCGUUGUUUACCUACAUCAUGAAUAUGGAGAGUCAACCUUAUGGAAACCCAGGCUAUGAGCGCAGCCCCAGUCCACAACGAUUGCAGGCAGAGCAGCGAGAACGAGCCAGGUUGGACAGAAUCAAGAGAGAAGCUGAAUUGGACAUCGAGGAAGAGAAAAGCCAAAGAGCAAACGAUUUGGAUCCCUGCAAGGAAGUGGUAGCCAUCAUAGUUCGGGACCUGAAAGACAAAUUGCUCGAAGACGUGAAGUCUCGGAUUGCUGCACCAACUUUGUAUGACUACCUCGACCCAGAUCGACAUGCAGCAAAAAGAAGACAACUGGGAAUUCGUGAUCCGGCAGGGGCAAAGAGACCUCUGUUUCAAAUUGGCAUAAAUAGCCCAGCUGGGACACCAGAUUCACGUUCGGACCUGUCCACAGCCCGCCACCCUUUCGGUCCCUCAAAUCUGAGUAUCCUUGCGCUUCCACGUAUAAGGAAAGCUCACCGCCUCAACCACACAGACGCUGCUUUCUUGGACGAGAGGCGUAAACAACCUUUGCGGAGGAAAGAGGUUCGACCUCUCUAUCACCGUCUACAACAAUUACACCACGUGGAUGAUUCAGAUGACGAGCAGAGGACGCCUUUCACAAGAGACACCGAUGAUCCGGACAGUCGUGCCCCAAGCCGGUUGAGCUCAGAGUGUUCGGAUUCAGAGGAUGUUGAUGAACUCGCUCCGGAGGCCUACGGUGCAUCUGCCGAGCAAAAAGUCGGCAAUGACGAACAUCUGUACAGUCCACCUCGAAAAGAAAAUGUCGAUAUCUUGGUUGAAUCGGUCACUGAUGCCUCGCACGAUGCUUCGUACCCUGAACAGCACAAACUCUCCCCGGCAUCUCGCAAGCGAAAAAGAGAAAACGACAAAGUCAUCGCGCGAAAGAGAAAGAAAGAAGAUGGAGGCCUCUUUCAAGUCGAUCAAGCCGCAGGUCUCAGUGAGGGACGAUUGCACAUGGAAUCAUCCAUCGACUUGGAGGUCAUUGAGAAGCAUAUUGCAGAUGAGAAUUCCCCUCUCGCGAGUGACAAAGAUUCAGAUAGUGGGCACAUUAGUGAAAUCCCGAAGCGGGCAGUCGAUCCUGCGAAGCUUUUGCGGUCUCGACUGGCUGUUGAGGCUGACACUCAGGAUGAUGAUCAUGGUUGUGGCUUCACCCCCAUUGCCCUAAAUGACAACGAAGUCCAGAAAGAAGUGUCAAAGACUGAAAUAGGAUGGAAGGUUUCCAAUGACGAGCCCCGCCCAACGGUCGAGGAUGAUGAAGCUAUUGUGCUAGAUCUCGAUGGGUGGCAGAGUCUGAUUAAGGAUGGGGAGGACUUGCGUUUCCUCCGUGAUGUGCUGGAAGGACUACCAGUAUCGAACGUUGGAAGUCUCACUGCUUGGGCAUGGAGACAAAAAGAAAUCAAAGCCCUGAAUCGCCCUGGAGAAGUAGGACCUGUGCGCGAAGCAACCAGUAUCCUAGGCUACUAUGUCUCAAACAUCACGGGAGCUGCAAGAACCGAGGGGAGGAAGAGGAUUCUGGAGUCGGAAAAGUCCAAAUAUUUACCGCACCGCAUCAAGGUUCAACGGGCCCGCGAAGAGCGAGAGGCAAAAGCGAAAAACGACCCUCACAGUGUUGCUGUCGAAGCCGCGAGAAUUGCUGCAGCCAAGACGAUGUCUAAAUCCACAUCCAGAUCAACAAGAGUCAAUAAUCGCCGACUCAUCGCAGAUAUCAACGCACAAAAACAAGCCCUCCCAACUCAAAGCGGCGACGGUGAUGUUCUUCGUUUCAAUCAGCUGAAAAAGCGAAAGAAACCUGUUCGUUUCGCUCGAUCUGCAAUCCAUAAUUGGGGACUAUAUGCAGAAGAGAACAUUUCGGCUAAUGAUAUGAUCAUCGAGUACGUGGGUGAGAAGGUCCGCCAGCAAGUUGCUGACAUGAGAGAGAGACGAUAUUUGAAGAGUGGCAUCGGCAGCAGUUAUUUAUUCCGUAUCGACGAGAACACAGUCAUCGACGCGACAAAACGAGGAGGCAUUGCGAGAUUUAUUAACCACAGCUGUACACCCAAUUGUACUGCGAAGAUCAUCAAAGUGGAUGGAAGUAAAAGGAUUGUCAUAUAUGCCCUGAGGGACAUUGAAAGAGGUACGCUUUGUAUCAUCAUUCCCUGAUUUAUUUGACAUGCUGACACAUCGAUUAAAGAUGAAGAGCUUACAUAUGACUACAAGUUUGAAAGGGAGUGGGACAGCGAUGAC